CAAGUUGUUGGCUCUGAGGGUGGCACGGAGCCAUUCGGAGCCACAUGGGCCAUGGCUGACUUGGAUGCGAGGCUCUUGGAGGAUGCUCGGCGGGAUGAAGAAGACGGCUUGGGUGGCGAGGCGUGCCUCAAUUGGGCUGGACGCUUUGUGGGUUUCUUUGCCGUGCUUCUGUUCACUUGCCUUGCGUCGCUGGAGCCCAACCAGUUCGGUCUCAGGAAGAACGUUAUAACUGGAGUUGUCUCCACAGAGGUGGAACGUGGAGGUCUCCACUUCUUGGGCCCGUUCAAGAGCUUCAUUGUCUUCCCUGCAGCGCAGGGAACCCUCAAAUGGGCGUGGUCCGACGCGGACCGGACCCCCGUCCACACGAGAACAGGAGCUGAUCCACAGGACCCUGACAGUGGCGGCCAGCCUAUCUCCAUCUCUUGCGCCGUGCAGCUGCAAUUCGUGCCUUCAACUCUUCAAGAUGUCUACCUCUCCUUCGGCAGCUUCCUGGCAGCCAGGGAGCGAUACCUUCUCCUUGCGGGGAACGUAGUCAGCAACACCGCGCAGGAGUACACUCCGACCGACUUCUGGUCCAAGCGCGACGUGAUAGCUGCAAGGAUGCUCUAUAAGAUCAAUCACACCCUGUGGCAUCAAGGGUACGUCAUGGCCAUGCAGUUUGAGAUGAUGAAGGUGGACUUUGCAAAGCAGUUUGAAGACUCUAUUACAGCCGUCCAAGUCGCCGAGCAGGCCAAGGUGGUGAACGAGUAUGAGCAGCAGGUUCAGAGGGUAGUGCAGCACAUCUCGGUGAUGAAGUCAGAGAACGAGGCGCUUAUUGCCAACAUCUCAGCACACGCGGAUGCGACCUCAAAGGAGCUCCGUGCUGGGGCGCGGCGUGAUGCCUUCAACCUCAAGCAGGGCAUGAAGGCCAAGAAAUACGCCGAGCUGCGCGAUGCAUUGGAGUUGAGCAGCUCGCAGAUGGGCGAGUACUUCAAGAUCAAGUCCGUACAAGGGCAGACCACUGGCAACAAGGUCGUGGUUGGGCUGCCCAGCGUGGGCGAGCCUGCCAAGGCCAGGGCAUUGAGCGGAGAAUUGUGAGCAGCGAGCUCUGAACGGCACUUGGGCCUUUCUUCGGUGGGCACAUCGCUUGUAGGUUUGCAGGAAAGCGCCUGUUUAGCUGGCUUGCACGCCCAGAGGGUGCAAGUCAAAGCAAGCGCCAGGGAGCAGUGUGUCGGGCCGUGGCGAGCUGGAAUCGGCGAAGCGAAA